AGACACUGUCCUCUAUGUCCACCGCAAUCCAGGUCGAACGAUAUUGGCCGGGUUUCAGCCGUGUCAAGAACCUCGUUAUAUUCGGCGACUCCUAUUCUGCGGUCGGAUACAACUCAGACAGUCCGUACCCCAGUACAGACAACCCGCUCGGCGUGCCAUUCUCGGGCACUAUUACUUGGACGGAACCGAAAACACCAAACUGGGUCGGGCAUCUCAUCACCGAGCACGCACGGGGUCAACUCUUGGUCUACGACUACGCGCAAGGCGGAGAUAACGUCAGCGGCGUUCGCACGAAAGUGUACCGGGAAUUCUUGAAGACCGUUGCAAAGAAACCGGAAUGGGCGCGUUGGUCGGAAGCCGACUCCCUCUUCGUAACUUGGGUCGGCAUCAAUGACUGCGCAUUCGCCACUGAACGUACAGUGCCAAAGUACGUGGACAGCUUAUUCGAUCUUCAAGAAGACCUCUACAAUGCUGGAGCACGCAAUUUUCUAUACAUUGACGUUCCGCCGCUUCACAGAUCUCCAGCUGGCAAGCGACCCACGUCUCUAGAUUCGGCAAAAAUGGCUCCCAACGAGCGCUGGAACAUUGAACUGAAGAGAGCGGCCAAGGACUUCGCAUCACGCCAUAAAGACUCCACUGUCCUGAUCUAUUCCUCUUGGGACACGUUUUCCCGCAUCAUGGAUGAUCCUGUUGCAUUCGGCUUCCAGCCAGGUGACGUUCGCAAACGAGGAAGUUCCAUGUGGGUCGAUCGCCUCCAUCCCACCAGUAAAAUGCACAACGUUGUCGCUCGUCAUCUUGCAGAAUUUCUGGCUAGCGUGCCUCCGUGGACUGGGACUGAUGAAUUGACCGAAGAAUUGACCGAAGAAGUCAACGCAACCAAGACGACUUCGAAUAUCCCGCAUUCCGCCCAGAGAAAUACAUGA